AUGCUCAAGCGAGAAGACUUCGCCACCCCCAAGCAAGGUUUUCGCUUUUGAAAUCGGUUCAAGUUAAAGUUCUGAUUAUCAAUGAAAAAAAACUUUUAGAACACCUUUUUAGAAUUUCAAACUUUGAAAUUUUUGCUUUGGAUCUCUUCAUAUAUUAUAUGUAUAUCAGAGUAGUUGCUUUAACAAAAUUUUCAAAAGGAGUUUUUCGGAAGUAAGAUUCGCAAGUUUAACUUUUUCAAGAAAUUGCUGUCACUUUAUAUCUAGCUCAUAAAAAUCUUUUUUAAUUUCCACUGUUCCUUGAAAUGCAAAAAGACGCUCCCUGAUUGGUUUUAAAGAUAAUCGAGCUUUCGCGGCGGGAACUGUUCUCCCUUUAGAUCGAAAUAUCAACUGAAACUUCCAGAGUUCCGCGAGAGCUGCGAAUGCUCCGUGUGCGCGGCUCCGUCGACCGGCUACCACUUCAACGCUCCGGCUUGCUCUGCCUGCGCAGCUUUUUUCAGGUUCUUGGGCUUCUUUUGGAGUGACCUGACCGACUCGCCCUUUUCAGAAGGACGGUUACUUUGAACAGGGUUUUCUUCUGUAGCCGAGGAGGAGGCUGUGAAAUCAAUUACAGUGGGUUUUAUGGAAUUCGGGAUCCGAAAUUAGAUCGUUCUGCUGUUUUAUGAUAAUUCGGGCCGUGAUAAAUAUCUUCUCUUGAUCCAAUUAUAUAAUCCUUCAUCUUACAUCUUGCAGCAUUUAUCUUUUCUAAUUAUUAUCUCAUUUCUAUCUUCCGAGUGGUCGCUCUUCAUUUCCGCUCUCGCCUGAGAUAUAAUCCGACGCCCGCCAGCCCUGGACAAGCUGGGCGCCGUACUGUUCCUACAUGGAGAAGCAGUGAUCGCCGGAGCGCUCGAAAGUCGUCUACUACUAUCAAAAGAGAGACGAGAGGCUCUACGCGCCGUCUACGCUUGAUCAACAACAGUUUCGCGAACCGACAAACAGCUCUUCAAUGAUUCCAUGAUUCAGCAGAGAAACCUUCUCUGAAGACUGAAUAAAAGUUUCAAAGUUUCAAAAGUUUCAAAAUUUCUCUCUGUGCCAAGAAACCGCAUUUUCAACGCUGAUUUGAAGAUAUGAGAACCUUCAGAAGUUUUUCAGCAAUGCGAGUAAUUUGCCGCUGCUGUCGGUACGCGAAAUGCAUCGAGAUGGGCAUGGAACGAGCCGCCGUGCAGCCGCGACGCGACUGCAACUCAGGCAGAAGGAAGAUCGUCUACGCGUCUCGUGUAGAGAGAGAAUAUGUAGGAAAAUAAUCCUUUUCAAAUCAAAUUAAUCCGACAUAGGCCAAUAUCUCAACUCAAACACCCAAUGCUCUGGACGUCUUGGCUUCUGCUAUGGUAUAUUAAUUGAGCAAAUCUUCAGAAUUUUCUAAGCCUUCAGGACAUGGCCGGAAUGUCGCCAGAAUCAAACUAUGUGCCUUCUUCUUCAAACUCUGACAGUGUUCCUUCGCCUUCUAAUUUCCAACUCAAGUGAAAAUUGUCCCAAGAAUGAGAGACAAACGAGCAUUAAGGUAUGACUUCGAAGCUGAGAACUUGCUGGAAGGUCUUCUACGCGAGGAAAGACUGGUCAACGAACGGCGCAAGCUGCUCUACUGCGCUCACAACAGCAUCAGCAAUUUGCUCACGACGGAAAAUGUCAACGACAUUGUAUGUUCUUAUAUUAACUUUAUUUCAAAAAUUGCAAAAAAUAAAAAAGUCUUCUUUUAGUUUUUUCCAAUCAACAUAAGGUUUCGAGCGUACAAAAACAGUGAGUCAAAUUUAGGGAAGAUAGUCGUAAAACUUCAAAAUCAAUAGUUCUGCUUUGCCUUUCCAAAUUGCGUGACAGAAAUUGAGUUAGCUCUCGAAAAUAAAUUUUUUGAUACUUACGAUAUUUAUUUGUAUUCCACUACAAAAAGUUUCAUAAGACGGCUUCGAGUAAAUUCGCUUCUCUGUUGAGGUACGCUCUCUCAGUUUCAAAGACUUUUUCCAAAGCCAGUAUUUGUAUUUUUCUGCCACAUUCUUCACCGAUUCUUUGCUCAGCCUUUCUCAAAGGAAGACCUACACGAGCUGACGUUCGCAGGCAUCCAGAAACACAUCCGUCCGCAGAUUCUGAUAACCUACGAGUGGCUUCGUGGGUGGCGUCACUUCGAAAUGCUCAAUACUCACGACCGCGUUAGAUAGUUUCUUAAUAAAAUUUCACAGCUACUUUUUAGUUGAUAUUUCUACGGCGUUGCGUUCUUUACCAUACGAUUCUCGAUCCUGCUUAUCUGACUACGCGUCUCGGGUUGCCAGACCGUUUUGUCAUGUUCAACGCCAUGUUCGUCAACGCCGACGGCAGCAGCGAGGACGGCUGGCGCGACGAAGAGAACACCAUCAGUGCGGACCUCAAAAUCAAGUAGAGAGAAUUCAACAUCGUCUCUAUUAGUUAGAACUUGAGGCUAUACCGACCACUAAUGCUACGGGUCCUCAACGAAAUUUGUAUUUCGAUGCAUUCUACUGGACUCUCUUUUGUCGAGUUUGUCGUUCUCAAAGCUCUCGUCUCUUUCAAAAGCGCCAGUUGGUUUUAUUUUGCUUCCAUAGCUACUGAAAUUACAAAUUAAUUACCUUUUUUGAAUAUCACCAUUGAUUACACUUAUUCUUUAGAAAUAAACAUUUCAGGCAGUUCGGACAUUUCACCCGAGUUGAAGACUUUUAUGUCAGGGCAACUGAAUGUAUUAUUUAAAGUAAGUGAAAUUUUGAAAUAUUCGAAGAUAACACAAAUUUUCUCCAACAGGCCCUCAAUUGGCACUACAGGCAAAUUAGUUUACCAAUGGAAAUCAUCGCAGAAAGAAUGGGAAACGUUAUCCUACUCAUGUCGAGCAUAUUUGUAAUAUUCAAAAGGUAAUGAAUCAAUAAAACCAAUCUUCAGGCUGUUGGGAUGGAGUGUCUAGAAAGUCACCACAAGAUACAGUUCUUCGAUUUGUGGCAGUUGGACGACCUCCUUUUGAAGCUCAUAUCUACGCCUCGCGGAGGAGGACUUUGA